CCAGCUAUGAAUUCCUGCAACUUCACACAUGCUACCUUUGUGCUUAUUGGUAUCCCAGGACUAGAAGAAGCCCAUUUCUGGAUUGGCUUCCCCCUGCUUUUAAUAUAUGCCAUGGCAGCGUUUGGAAACUGCAUCGUGGUCUUCAUCGUAAGGACGGAGCGCAGCCUUCAUGCUCCCAUGUACCUCUUUCUCUGCAUGCUGGCAGCAAUUGACCUGGCCUUGUCCACAUCCACCAUGCCUAAGAUCCUCGCCCUCUUCUGGUUUGAUUCCCGGGAGAUUACCAUUGAUGCCUGCAUUGCCCAGAUGUUCUUUAUUCACGCUCUCUCAGCCAUUGAGUCCACCAUCCUGCUGGCCAUGGCCUUUGACCGUUAUAUAGCCAUCUGCCAUCCAUUGCGCCAUGCCGCAGUGCUCAACAAUACAGUAACAGCCCAGAUUGGUAUGGUGGCGGUGGUCCGUGGAUCCCUCUUCUUUAUCCCACUGCCUCUGCUCAUCAAGCGGCUGGCCUUCUGCCACUCCAAUGUGCUCUCACACUCCUAUUGUGUGCACCAGGAUGUGAUGAAGUUGGCCUACGCAGACACAUUGCCCAAUGUGGUCUAUGGUCUUACCGCCAUUCUCCUGGUCAUGGGUGUGGAUGUCCUGUUCAUCUCCUUGUCCUAUUUUCUGAUAAUACGAACAGUUCUACAAUUGCCUUCCAAGUCAGAGCAGGCCAAGGCCUUUGGAACCUGUGUGUCACACAUCGGCGUGGUGCUGGCCUUCUAUGUGCCUCUCAUUGGCCUUUCAGUGGUGCACCGUUUUGGAAACAGCCUUGAUCCCCUUGUGCAUGUUCUCAUGGGUGAUGUCUAUCUACUGCUGCCUCCUGUGAUCAAUCCCAUCAUCUAUGGUGCCAAGACCAAACAGAUCAGAACUCGGGUGCUAGCUAUGUUCAGGAUGAGCUGUGACAAGGACCUUCAGGAUGUGGGAGACAGGUGA